AUGUCUCAUGACCCGUCAUAUGCAGCUCCAGAGUCGACUGACCCAGAAAAGACGGCUCCUCCUGCUGCUGCUACUGUCUGCGGAAUCUCCCUCGUCCUCCUUUUAUCAAUCAUCAUCGCCAUCCUAUCUGCGGCGGUUAUUGGAUUAGCAGCUGGAACCGGUGUCGCAACCAGCAAUUACAACGAUGCAAACUCGAAGCUGCGGGUCUUGAGCUCUUCACUGGCCGCAGCCCAAGCCAAAGCCACUGGCACACCUACUUCAUCCGGCAGCAGCAGUCAGGGAACUUCUGUACCAACAGACUGGAACAGCAUCACCAAUGGAUGUUCAGACAACCCGGGAGAUGUUACUGGACUUACGUACACGUCUCAAUCUUUCAACAAUGCCAACUUUACCAUGUACUGCGACAAGGAUACCAAGAGCGGCUCACCAGUGUUUUCUGUUUUCGCUGGCAACUUCAACGGCUGCAUGGACGCCUGCGCUGGAUGGAACACAUACAACACAACCAAAGGAAAAUGUGUGGGCGUCUCUUUCAUUCCCGAGUGGAGUGUCCUGGCUACUGCACUGGCCGGACACGCUCCCGGAGACUGCUACCUCAAGCCUGCUCCUUUGUCCAAGGCCAACCUGACGGCUCCCAACAUUGGUGGUGGCGAGAUUCACUCUGCUCUGCUUAUUUCAAAAUGA